CCUCCAUAGGUUAUGGAUUCUUAAUAUCGUCGUCGUCUUUUUCUUCCUCUCUGGCUGCUUUCUGCGGAGUGGGUGGCUCACUGCGAAACCCUCCUCCGUUGUCGUUCCUACAUGGCCAAGGGUCGUAAAUUGACCGCCAGCCACCGUAGCGAACGCCUCCUGGGAAGCUACAGCUACAACCUCCACAGCCAAACCUCCGUCAGCGCCGCCGCUGACCCAACGGAAUUCGCUGAAGACGAUGUCUGGUCCACCGUCGACGAAACAGACGACCGCCCAAUGAAUGUCUCUUUCGGCGAGAGUUCUCUACGCUCGUCUGCAGAGAUCAACGGGGGCGGGAUCCCGAUCAGAGGCGGCCGCCGGAUCUCCUGUGAUGAUCAUCGCUGUGUGGGCGGACUGUCCCUGGCGUUCGAUGAUUCUGGAAACAACGCUACGACGACGUCCUCCAGGAUUCUCCACCAGUACCACCGCGGGCACGACAGCGUGGCGCCACAACGUGGACACCACAUGGCCACAUCGGCUCCCGUGAACGUGCCGGACUGGAGCAAGAUACUCCGGUCUGACUCGAUCGAAUCGCUUCACAACAUGGAUGGCGGUUUCGAGGACGAAUCGGAAAUGGUCCCCCCGCACGAGUACUUGGCGCGUGCGUACGCGCGGAGCCGGAAAAUGGCCGCGAACUCCGUUUUCGAGGGCGUGGGACGGACGUUAAAGGGUCGGGACAUGAGACGGGUUCGCGAUGCAGUGUGGAGUCAGACCGGGUUCGAUGGGAUCCACGAGUCAAGGCAAAGCAAAGGCCCAGAAGCUGAGAGAUAUAUAUAUCUGGUCUCCCAAAAAGCACAGAAGAACUAUAAUCUAUCAUCAAUUUUGUGAUUUUAUUAAGACAAAAUUAGUAGAUAAAGUUGAAACACCAACAAUAAGCAUCUUCUUCAAGAGGCUCGUUGGCAAUUGAUUGGUUCUCAUUCAAUAAGAAUCACAUAAAUCCUUGCAGUACCCUUGUCAUAAGGAUCCAAAAUUCCAGAACAAAUUCUUCCUGGUAUGUCACCCAAAAUUUCAUCUUUUUAACCAUUUAACCUUCUCAGGUCUCUAUGGAAACCGAUGCCAAUAUACAAACACCCUUGUCAUAAUUGAAGAAAUGGAUUAUCUGGUAUGUGAAAGAUUGGAAGAGGUCAAAACAAACGCUGAUGCUAAAGUGAAGGGAAAGAAUGUAACGAAAGGAGGGGAAAAAGGGUAUAAUUUAGGACCAAUAAUGUUGUUUGUUUGGAUUAGGCUAAAAAUUAAGACAGAAUAUUAUGUUAUGAAACUAUUUUCAAAUGAAUAUUCCACCGUCUGAUCAAACAAAUGUCCCCGUCUUACUCAGCUUUGAUCACGAGGCAUCUGGGUCAAUGAGAACAUAUGCAUUGUCCUGUGUGCCAUAUUUGCUACGUUAAAGGUUUUUGUGUGAAGUACAUCUUUGCUAGAAAGCAAGGGAACUUAUUCAAAUCUUGUUAUCUUUCUUUGAUUUUGAAUAAUAGUGCCGGUGUUUAUUCGG